AUGGAAAAGAACGUAUUCCUAGUGUUGUUAACCAUUUUAUCUGUGGUUCGACCGCAACAAGUUGUUGUUAACAAUGUGCAAGCCGAUCGCGGUCUUGGAGGUCGCCAAUGGGGUCUCAUUCGGCUUCCACCAAUUUUUAUGUACGAUGACUUGACGCAAUGCGAGGCACACGAUUCCGUGUACUGCUACGCCCGGACCAUCCUGCGAGUGGAUCGCUUUCCGCAUGGAUACGUCCUACCGGACACCGAAAGCACCUCCCGUAUCGUGUACAAUCACCGGGCCCAAUUUCUGGAUCUAGGAAUCUGUCUGAGCAGCUGCGAGGAAGAGCUACGACACCUAAGUACAUCCGAGAAGGCCGCAUUGUAUCAUUCAAAAAUCAACGUCAAUUUUACCUCUCUUAUUCCAAACGAGCUGUUUCCCACGAUGGAAAACGAUAAGAGCAAAUACGAGACGCUGGUGAACAUUUGCGUGAACCGACGGUUAAGUGUGGAGUACAAUAUGUCCGGUUAUACGGCGCUGGAGUAUUGCCGCCCUCGUCCGAUUGAAGUGGCUCGAUCGUUCGAUUUUUUGGAAAUACUGUUCAUCGCCGUAAGCGCGGGCUUUAUAGGAGCGUUACUCAUCUCUACAAUGUUGGAUGCUUGUAGCGUUCGACCAGAGAGUUCUGUAGUCUCGGCAUUUUCCAUCCGGAAAAACUGGAACCGGCUGAUGGGCGAACAGAGGUCAUCCUUACACCUUGAUUUGCUCUACAUCGACGGGCUUCGUGUGGUCGUCAAUCACCUAGUGAUCGUGCUGCACACCUUUCUGGUCGCUGGUGUGGUUCCCACGAAGAACUACCAAGACUUGGAAGAUCUACUAGGCUACCGCGGCUUGCAGGCUUACGUAUCCUGCAACGCGUUUCUGGUGCAAAUCUUCUUCACGAUCGGUGGUUACCUGCUGACCGUGAACUUCUUACGUGAUGCCAGCCGAGCACCAAUCAAUGCCAAGUACAUCGUCAACAAACUUUUGAACCGCCUGGUGCGACUGAUGCCGGUCUACGGCUACUUCCUGCUGUUCUCCGUUAGCCUGAACCGUCGCUUCGACGUCAACGAGAACGGCUUCCGGUUGUUCACGGCGGAGAACGCCAUCUGCCGGCAGAACUGGUGGUCCAAUCUCCUGUUCGUGAAUAACUUCUCUUGGCCUCGGGAGCUGUGUCUCAUGCACACCUGGUACCUUGCGGCCGAUCUGCAGCUGUUCCUGAUGGCCCUAGCGGUGCUACUGGUGAUCUAUCGUUGGCCACGAGUCGCUGGAUUUUUGUUCGUUUCUGGUGUGAUCCUUUCGUUCUGGGUACCGGCCUAUAUCACGCACCAGCAAAAGCUGCAUCCAGUGCUACCAUCUAAAUUGAGUGAAGCAAAGUUUUUGGUCAUGUACGAACCAUGGCUGAGGCAUCUUUAUCUUCCGAGCUAUGCGAACACCGGAUGCUAUCUGUUCGGGAUCAUCGCCGGAUACCUUUACCAUCAGACGACCACCAACAAUCUACAGCUCGGAAAGUCACCGGUUUAUCGAUUGGCCGACAAAAUGGUGACUCCGGUUCUACUGAUGGUGAUAGUUUCCAGCUGUUUGUGGUACAAUUUCGACGUUCCUAAACCAUCCGUCUGGGUUUCGAUGUACAGUGCGCUGUUCCGAAACAUAAUCGGCAUUUUUGUGGCGCUCUGUUUUCUGCGCUGCAUCAACACUCCUAAAGGUCUCCUGAGAUCAAUACUGAGUUCCAAACCGUUCGUCACGCUCGGCAAACUCACCUACAGCGUUUACAUCUUGCACGACGUCGUGAUGCGGUUCGUGCUGCUGCAGGAGCGGAUAGGCACCAUGCUCAGCGUGUCGAAGUUCCUGGGCUACAUAUAUUUCGUGAAUGGGGCAUCUUUCGUCGGUGGACUGAUAGUUUUUAUGGCCAUCGAGCAGCCUAUGAUACAGCUGCUGAAGCCAGUCGUCAACAGGGCGUAUCCGAUCCAGGUUGAUAAGUCAAAGAAUAACUAA